GACGCAUAAAGCCAAAUACGUAUUCGUUUUGGCCCUUGGGUGGCACACAAGGAUAGAGACUGAGAAUUCGGGGGAGAUUUGCUGAAUUCAACAAGAAAAGCCCAUAUCGUGUGUCGAUAUUCUUCCUCUGCUUGCGUUUUAACCUCCAAAACAUUGGGUUCUUACUUCUUAUCCAAUAACCGGCUUGUCGUUACUCAAUUCUCAAUUUCGCUGUUUUUGCCAUAAUGAAUGUGUGCUGUGCUUUAUAUGCUCAGGGAUCAGGGACUAAGAAAUUGACUAGCCAUGUCUUCCUCUUUUCCAGUUCUUCCAACUCCUCUAGAAGAUAAGUACCCCAAAUUGCCUGAUUCUUUUCAGAUUGCUUCAGAAAGGGAACUGAUGCGAGAUCCGGUAAACCAACAGUCAUCUCCAUUGGGUCCAAAUAGUGGAACAAUUAAACACUUGCUUUCAUCAUCUUCAACAUUUCCUAAUGAAUUAAAUGAUUCUUUGGUUUCACCACGAGGUGGGCAGUCUCAAAAUUCUCCCUUUAUUUAUCUGUCAUCAAGGAAUCGUGGAACCUUGCCAGUAGCACGAAGCCAUUCUUCCCAUCCUGAAGAGCUAUCCAUAGCACUGAUUAAUCACUCAGAAGAACAUAAAGAUAUGUCCUGGUCUAUGGAUCCACUUCAUGACUUGCUUGAUUUUCCUGAAAAUGUCACUGUUGAGAAUGGUCAAGUGGAAAGCAAUAUUGGUGUCAUUACAUCUGAGGAUCUUUCUAAGAGAACAGAUUGGCAUGAGUGGGCAGAUCAGUUGAUCUCUGUUGAUGAUAAUCUUGAACCAAAUUGGAGUGAUCUUCUCAAUGAUUCUAAUGCAACAGAUGUCAAACAAAAGGUGCUGAAAUUAUCUUCUGAGAUCCCAGUGCAUCAACCCCAAAUACAUCAGCAUCAGCAUUUAAAUAAUGGAGAACCAUAUACUGUUGCUAACCCAACUUGUACUGCACCCCCAACAAAACCGCGAAUGCGUUGGACACCAGAACUUCAUGAGACUUUUGUAGAAGCUGUCAAUAAGCUUGGUGGAAGUGAACGAGCAACUCCGAAGGGUGUUCUAAAGCUCAUGAAUGUUGAAGGCUUGACCAUUUACCAUGUUAAAAGCCACCUGCAGAAAUACAGAACGGCCAGAUAUAAACCAGAGGCAUCUGAAGGAACUUCAGAGAACAAGUUGAGUUCCAUUGAUGAAAUGAAAUCUUUAGACUUGAAAACGAGCAUAGGGAUCACUGAAGCAUUGCGAUUGCAAAUGGAAGUUCAGAAGCAACUCCAUGAACAGCUUGAGAUCCAGAGAAAUUUACAGUUGAGAAUCGAGCAACAGGGAAGAUAUCUUCAAAUGAUGUUUGAGAAACAAAGAAAGAUGGAGGAUGAGAAGUCCAACCCUUCUUCCUCCUCCAUGGAUGAUGAUCCUUUGGUCCCACAGUCAAAUGCAGUGCAGCCAUCUGAUAAUAAUAAAAUACAAGUAUCAGAGCCGGAUCAUGCCAAACUUGUGGGUGAUAGAAGCGAAAGCCGUGUUGCACUGGAAGAGAGCUCCCCAAGUGUAAGCAGAAAGCACAAGUCUUUAGCAAACACAACUGAUAAGAGUCUUGACCCAAAAGAUGAUGAAUCUAGUCCAGCAUCAGCAAAGCGACCAAGAGCUGAUGAAACUGCAUUAUGAACAACAUUACUCUGCAUUCUGUUGAUCUCUUAUGCAAAUGACAGUUUAGUUACCCUAGAUGUCAUUUAUUAAGCCUGGAAACAAGGAAAUUUUGGAACUUUAAGGUCUUGAUUGAUUUUUCCAUCUUGCCAGAAUGGGAAGAUGGAAUGAGUUUCCUGACUGUUGACGUUUCCAAUCUAGGUUUAAAUUGAAUUAGGGAGUGUUGCUAGGUUUAAAUUGAAUUAGGGAUUGUUGCUAGAAGAUGGAGGCUGUAUAUAUGUUUGUGCAUUGUUGACUGUUAAAAGAAUUUGUAAUUUCCAAUUGAAUAAUGCAUUUUCUGAACUUUAA